AUGACUUCAAAUGAUAGUAGCGAUAUCGAAAAUUUAAAAUCUCGUAUCGAUGAACAAGGCAAUCUUGUUCGUAAAUUAAAAAGUGAUGCUAAUCCUAAUAAAGAUGAAGUCACAGCUGCUGUACAAGAAUUAUUAAAAUUAAAAGAACAAUAUAAAACAUUAACAGGUAGUGAUGUUCCAUCAAGUGGAGCUGCUCCAGCACGUAAAGAAAAAGAAAAAAAACCAGCAGCAGUAGUAACAAAACAAUCUGAAAAAGAAAAGAAACCAGCAGCAGCAGCAGCAAAACAAUCUGAAAAUGAACAAACAUCAGCAUCUGGUCAAACAGAUUUAAAAAAACAAACCAAACUUGGUAUUGAAUUUAAAAAAGAAGAAAAUCUUGCUGAUUGGUAUGGACAAGUUGUACGUAAAGGUGAAUUAAUUGAAAAUUAUGAUGUAUCUGGAUGUUAUAUACUUCGUCCAUGGGCAUAUUUUCUUUGGGAAAAAAUAAAAGCUUUUAUUGAUGAUGAAAUUACUGAAAUGGGUGUACAAAAUUGUUAUUUUCCAUUGUUUGUUUCUUAUGCUGCACUUCAUCGAGAACAAACUCAUAUUGCAGAUUUCUCUCCAGAAGUUGCUUGGGUAACUAAAUCAGGUGAUAGUGAUUUAGCUCAACCCAUCGCUGUACGUCCAACAAGUGAAACUAUUAUGUAUCCAGCCUAUGCUAAAUGGAUACAAUCUCAUCGUGAUCUUCCAUUAAAAUUAAAUCAAUGGAAUAAUGUUGUUAGAUGGGAAUUUAAAAAUCCUCAACCAUUUCUUCGUACAAGAGAAUUUCUUUGGCAAGAAGGUCAUACAGCAUGGGCCACAGAAAAAGAAGCUUCAGAAGAAGUUUAUCAAAUUCUUGAUUUAUAUACAAGAGUUUAUACAGAUUUACUUGCUAUACCAGUUAUUAAAGGACGUAAAACAGAAAAAGAAAAAUUUGCUGGUGCAGAUUGGACAACAACAAUUGAAGGUUAUAUUGCUGCAAGUGGAAGAGGAAUUCAAGCAGCAACAUCACAUCAUUUAGGUCAAAAUUUUUCGAAAAUGUUUGAUAUUACAUUUGAAGACCCACAAACACAAGCAAAACAAUAUGUAUAUCAAAAUUCAUGGGGUUUAACAACACGAACUAUCGGUGUUAUGACAAUGAUACAUGGAGAUAAUAAAGGUUUAGUUUUACCACCACGCAUUGCUAAAUAUCAAGUUGUUAUUGUUCCAUGUGGUAUAACAGCAUCAUUAUCUAAAGAAGAUGAAGAGGCAUUAAUUCAAACAUGUAAAGAUGUUGAAGGAAAAUUAAAAAAGGCCGGAAUACGUGUAUAUGGUGAUUAUAGAGAUAAUUAUUCACCAGGAUGGAAAUUUAAUCACUGGGAAAUGAAAGGUGUUCCAAUUCGUGUUGAAUUUGGUCCAAAUGACAAAUCACGUUCACAAUUAACAGUUGUACUUCGUCACACAGGAAAUAAAUCAACAAUUUCAAUAGAUAAUUGUGAAACAAAACUACGUGAAAUACUCGAACAAAUGCAUAAAGAUUUAUAUACAAAAGCUAAAGCUGAACUUGAUAGUCAUGUCGUAGUUGUUAAAGAUUGGGCUGGUUUCUUGAAAGCUCUAGAUAACUCUUGUAUAAUGUUAACACCAUUCUGUGGUGAACCAUCAUGUGAAGACAAAAUUAAACAAGAUAGUGCUCGUGAUGCUGUUGUUGAAGAAGGUGCACCAGCAAUGGGUGCUAAAGGUUUAUGUAUUCCAUUUGAUCAACCAGAAAAACUUGCUGAAGAUCAACAAUGUUGUCAUCCCGAAUGUAAAAGAAAAGCAAAAUAUUUUACAUUAUUCGGUCGAAGUUAUUAA